CAGGAGGUUACAGUUUGUAGCGAUAUCUAUGUUCGUGUUUAUUAUCAAAAUAGUUAAACAGCUGUACGAAUGAUUGCAUUUGAUAAACGUUUUUAAUAUUGUCGAUGCGGAAAUACUUUUGUAGUCAAAUAUUAUAAAUGGCUUCAUCAGCAAGAUGUGAAACGAACAAGGUGUGUUGCUACGCUCACCCGGAUGCGCCUCUCAUAGAGGACUACCGUGCCGGAGACCAGAUCUGUUCAGAAUGUGGCCUCGUCGUCGGAGACAGGGUGAUCGAUGUGGGCUCUGAGUGGCGGACGUUCAGCAACGAGAAGGCAGGCCAGGACCCUUCUCGUGUUGGUGGACCUGAGAACCCACUGCUGAGCGGCUCCGAUCUCUCCACCAUGAUCGGGCCGGGCAGGGGCGAUGCUUCCUUCGAUGGCUUCGGGGUCUCAAAAUAUCAGAAUCGUAGAACCAUGAGUAGUUCAGAUCGAACUCUGAUCAAUGCUUUUCGUGAGAUCAACACGAUGGCGGACCGCAUUAACUUGCCGAAGACGAUAGUAGAUAGAGCAAACAACCUAUUCAAGCAGGUGCAUGAUGGGAAGAACCUGAAGGGCCGCUCCAACGACGCAAUAGCGUCCGCCUGCCUCUACAUCGCCUGCCGACAGGAGGGAGUCCCCAGGACGUUCAAGGAGAUCUGUGCUGUGAGCAAAGUGAGCAAGAAAGAAAUUGGACGGUGUUUCAAGCUGAUUUUGAAAGCCCUGGAGACGAGUGUCGAUCUCAUUACUACUGGAGACUUUAUGUCUCGUUUCUGCUCCAAUCUUGGUCUCCCCAUCAUGGUCCAGCGGGCUGCGACGCACAUUGCCAAGAAGGCCGUGGAGAUGGACGUGGUCCCGGGGCGGUCCCCCAUCUCGGUCGCUGCAGCAUCCAUCUACAUGGCUUCUCAGGCGUCUGACGACAAGCGCAGCCAGAAGGACAUCGGGGACAUAGCGGGAGUGGCGGACGUGACGAUACGCCAGUCGUACAAGCUCAUGUACCCGCACGCGGCACAGCUGUUCCCGCCAGACUUCAAGUUCACCACGCCCAUCGAGGAGCUGCCCCAGAUGUAGCGACGGCUCCGUUCCGUGGAGCUCGCACUUCAGUCUUUUCACAUCCGAGAUCAGUUAGCGGUUUAGUUUCGCAGGUGUUAGGAUUGGAAUUUUUCGAUAAAACGUAUUUUGGAGGCAAGAGAAAUGAUGCGUCUCAUUAAGUCAUGACGCUCUGUGACUGCAACUGUACAUCAAUGCUGUUGCUGGACGACAGUCCAUCCACCUUUAGCUUUCCAAGAGUAUGAUGUUUUUAUUCUGCAAAUAUGUUAAUGUUUUUUCUUUUUUUUUCUUUUUUAAAUGAUAUAUCUAGUCUGGAAGUUAAAAAACUUCUGGAUGUGAUCUUGGAUGGUUGAUGUUAUCUUUAAAAGAUUUGUGCAAUGGGAGUGCAUGACUUGAUGUAAGUUUUUGGACAUACGCCAUUGCUAAGAACUUUUUCUGUUGAAGAAAAACUAAUAAAUAAAAUAAAUAAAUAAAAAUAAAAAUACUCAAAAAAAGAUACAAAAAACACACAAAAUUAAGCAAACAAUUGCUGUUGUCAACAAGGAUAUGAACACCACAAAAUAUUCCGAAACAGGAAUAUGGUCAGCAAACAAAGAAAAAACAAAGAAAAAUGUACUAAGAGAACGAAAAAAUCCCCACAAAUGAUGACAACACAAAAAUAUUGAAACCCAAAAUAAUUCAGCACAACAGUUGAAGCGAGACAAAAAACAUGACAAAACGAAAAAACAAACAAAUACAAUAGUUUUACCUAAACAGAAACAAGCGACGUUUCGGGAACUGCUAUCUGCUCCCGUCCUCAGGCAGAGACGCACAUGGUACGGAAACACAGGUGCGACUCUUGAGUCUCGCUUCAACUGUUGUGCUGAAUUAUUUUGGGUUUCAAUAUUUUUGUGUUGUCAUCAUUUGUGGGGAUUUUUUCGUUCUCUUAGUACAUUUUUCUUUGUUUUUUAUUUGUUUGCUGACCAUAUUCCUGUUUCGGAAUAUUUUGUGGUGUUCAUAUCCUUGUUGACAACAGCAAUUGUUUACUUAAUUUUGUGUGUUUUUUGUAUCUUUUUUUGAGUAUUUUUAUUUUUAUUUAUUUAUUUUAUUUAUUAGUUUUUCUUCAACAGAAAAAGUUCUUAGCAAUGGCGUAUGUCCAAAAACUUACAUCAAGUCUUGGAUGGUUGACCUUAACAUUGGGAUUCUUAUUUUGCUUUUGUAGUUUUUGUAACUCACGAUUUUUUUUGUGUAGCAAAAAAUUGAUUCUAUCAAAGUACCGUAUUUACUCGUGUAUAGCGCGCCCUCGUGUAUAGCGCGCACCACGAUUUUUGCAACAAAUUCCAAAGAAAAAAUUUUUUUUUCCCGUAAUUAAAUUUUACUAACAUUUUGUGGUACCUGUUAAGUAAUUACGUAUGAAACAAAUGAUAAUUUAAAUUGAUGUGUGGUGAUGCGUCAGGAAAAUACUUAAACUCUGCUGUGUAGACGGAAGAUAAUGAAGCGCUGUAUCGUCACAACUGGUACGUGGGCGGGAGGGAGGGAGGGAGACAGGCAGGAAUGGGACGCGGAGGACUAGAUGACUCACCUCACCGGUAGCAGCUGCGACGAGGAAGCGAAGGAAGUGGGAGGGGGAAUGGCGACAAAAUUCUCUCUCUCUCUCUCUCUCUCUCUCUUUUAUUUUACUAGCUGCGCUGGCUUUCUGUAGAGGGGGAGGUCUAAAAAUAAACAAGAGUGCGAGCUUGUGCGCGGAUGUGUGUGUGUGUGUGUGUGUGUGUGAAAGAGAGGCCUUGUUGCUUGUGCGUAUGUGUGGGGUCUGGCCAGAAACGUCACCCGUCAGUUAACGACUUCCACUCCUCCUCCCCGCCACCCCAUCACUUUUUUUUUCCGUGUAUAGCUCGCAUCCCUGAUUUUUUUCCUUUACUUGAGGGAAAAAAAGGGCGCGCUAUACACGAGUAUAUACGGUAUCAAUCAUCUCCAAGCUUUUAAUAAUCUUCUGUGAAGUGAUCUAAACUGACUGAAUCCAAUUUGAGACAUUUAUUUUACUAUUUUGGUUGUGUAUGCAAAUGCUGCAUUUGGUUGGUGUUAAAAUUUUUCAUGUGGUGCCUUUUAAACUAUCAGAAGAAAUUAGUUUCUCCAACGUAUUUCAUAUUAACCAUUGCAUUUACCUCAUAUAAUGGUUAAUUAAUGGCUAUAGGUAAAAGGAAAUUGAAGGCGUGCAGUGUAUGGCCAUUGUAAGUGUUGGAUCUAUCUUUCAUUGAUCAUUGAAUUACCUUAGCGAAUAAAUAGUGUACAGUUUACUCAGACUUGAGUCAUUUAUGUACAACUUGAGUUUUAUUCCAAAUAGUAUUGAUCAAUAAAAGUAUGUAUCUACUAAA